UGGCGGAGGCGGAGCUCGGUGCCGCAGCAUGCAAUUGCCACCGCCUGCAUUCCCAGCCAGGCUGGGGCCAGGAGUCUUUGAGCCGAGUCAGGGUCAACCCUGAACCUAAGUGACGGGGUCACGGGAAGGGCCAGGGAACGUGCCAGGGUGUUAGAAGAAGCUUCCCGGAACCGAGCUGGGGCCAGGCUCGCCAUGGGGGAGGUGGAGAUAUCGGCCCGGGCCUACGCGAAGAUGUGCCUGCACGCUGCCCGGUACCCUCACGCUGCGGUCAAUGGGCUGUUGUUGGCGCCAGUGCCGCAGUCGGGAGAAUGCCUGUGUCUAGCCGACUGUGUGCCACUGUUUCACAGCCACCUGGCCCUGUCCGUCAUGCUGGAGGUCGCCCUCAACCAGGUGGAUGUGUGGGGCGCGCAGGCCGGUCUAGUAGUGGCUGGGUACUACCAUGCCAAUGCAGCUCUCCAUGACCAGAGCCCUGGGCCCCUUGCCUUGAAAAUUGCUGGGCGGAUUGCAGAAUUCUUCCCUGAUGCAGUACUUAUUAUGCUGGAUAAUCAGAAACUAGUGUCUCAGCCUCAUGUGCCCCCAGUCAUCGUGCUAGAGAACCAUGGUCUUCGCUGGGUCCCCAAAGACAAGAAUUUAGUGAUGUGGAGGGACUGGGAAGAGUCACGGCAGAUGGUGGGAACACUACUGGACAGCCGGGCCCACCAGCACCUCGUGGACUUUGACUGCCAUCUUGAUGACAUCCGGCAGGACUGGACCAACCAGCAGCUCAACACCCAAAUCACACAGUGGGUUGGUCCCACCAAUGGAAAUGCCUGAGCCAGGAACAGAGAGGGAGGGUCAGGGUCCAAUAAAGAGACUUGAUCUGAUGGA